AUGCAGAUAAGAUUGUGCGGCGGUGGCAGUCCAUGUGCUGGCCGAGUUGAGGUUUAUUACGAUGGAAGCUGGGGAUCAGUCUGUGAUGAUUCCUGGGAUGCAGCCAACGCUCACGUUGUUUGCAAACAGCUGGGUUGUGGAAAUGCAUUGGAGGUGACGCUUCCUGAUUCUUGUGGAGCAGGAUCAGGCCCAAUUUGGUUGGAUGAGAUAGACUGUUCGGGUAACGAAACGUUUCUCUGGGAUUGCCCUUCAGCUCCAUGGAGUAAACAUGACUGUAGUCAUAAAGAAGACGUGAGGAUCAUGUGCUCAGAACACAAAGAGCUGCAGCUGGCGAAUGGAAAGCAUCGCUGUGAGGGGAGAGUGGAAGUCUUCUACAAUGGGACCUGGGGAACAGUGUGCUCUGAGAAACUGGAUCGCCAUGAUGCAGAAGUCAUCUGUAAGCAGCUACAGUGUGGUCACCUCACUUCUAUUGAUUAUGACGCUCAGUUAUUUGGAGAAGGAUCCGGACCUAUUUGGCUCGAUGAGGUGGAAUGCAUGUCACACGAGUCGACCAUUUGGCAGUGUCAGACAGACCCGUGGGGUAAACACAAUUGUGAUCACCGGGAAGAUGCAGGCAUUGUCUGUUCAGAGUCGGGUUUAGGUUUGCGUCUGGAAGGAGGUAAGAAUAACUGCUCCGGAAGAGUGGAGAUAUUGUUGAACAACAACUGGGCCACGGUGUGUGAUGACUCCUGGGGUAUGGCCGAUGCCAGUGUUGUCUGCAGACAGCUGGGUUGCAUUUCUGCUAUUACGGCCACUGGAGGGGGCAGUUUUGGCCAGGGUGAAGGUGACAUAUGGCUGAAUGGAGUGAAGUGCACCGGAGAAGAAACAUUUCUGUCCGACUGUCCUGCAUCAGCGUCAGUUCAACCCGACUGUAAUCACAAGGAAGAUGCCAGUGUGAUUUGUUCGGGGUCCUACUUGGCGUCGACUACUUCUCUGUCCACAGCUGCAGGACAUGAUGUAAAAACUACUUCCACCUCCAUUGUGAUCUGUAUAACACUCGGAGUCCUAUUGAUGGUCGAGUUAAUGGCACUCACGUCAUUGAUACACAGAAAGGCAAAGAGAAAAGGGGCUGUCACUGGCGGCAGGGAAUCGUCCAGCGGUUUCUACCAAGCCCUUUAUGAAGAAAUUGAGGAUAUUCUGCCUCGCAUGGAUUCCGCUCUGACCCAUGGAUCAGCUCUAGGCGAUUAUGAAGACGCCCAGACUAUAGGCAUUGAUUCUCAGGGUGGUCACUUGCUGUUGGAUGGUGGUCAAGAUGAUCUCUUCAAAAUGGAACGUGCCGACUUUGAUCUCUGA